GAGACAGAAGGUCGAAUGAAGUUUUCAUGGCUUGACCGAAAACACUGCGGACGACCGAGCCUCCAGUUGCCUGGAUGUGUUCGGUGAGCGGAUCCUGAGGACCAGGGCCAGGCUGAUACGGGUCUGACAUCGUCGGCCGGGCCUUGACAUGACCAAUAAUGGUGUCAGAUCGACGUGUCAUGGACGAUUGCGUUCUGGUGAUCUGUCCUAACAGGUAGAAAAUUCUAAAUACAGCACAGAGCUCCUUCCCACAGCCCUUGCUGUUGCGGUUGAGCUCCUGCAUUGGACCUGCAUGUUUCUCUCGGACUUCACGGCGCGUUGCCCAGAGACCAGGAGGCGGAUUCUAAUUUGGUCGAACAUUCCACGAAAUCGAGGAUGACUUCGGUCGUCCUCGACUUGACUACUCGGACCCGAGCCACCGAGCUCCAGCUCUCGGCUUCCGUCCAGUAUCGGGUUGUCAUGUUCGAUUGCUAGAGGGAGAAAGAACGGCGACGAUGCAGCAGUUUGUGAAAUGAAGUGUUUUGUAAGGUUGGUCUUUUCCGAACGAAGCGUUGGAUCUUGUCUCCAAGUCGAGUCUCAUGUCAGGAUCCAUCUCCGGGGAUGGACGACAGGAGUAGGGAAAAGCUGUUGACAAAUCCGAAUUCCAACACGGAGUGACUGACGCCUGAAUGUGGGCCUGGGGUUGGGUUCGCAUCCCAGCAACGAGGUUGUUUUCGUACAGAGAGUCGAAUGCGAAUUUGGGCUGGCUAUGGCACUAAAUACUCGAGAUUAAGGCCAAGAUCGCGACCCUGACCUCAUCCACCCUCUCAGUCUGGAGAAAACACCUUUCUGCGAGUGGAGAUCGUCCUUGCUCGACUCGAAACUCCAGGUCGUAUCCCAAAAAGCAAGUAAUAUCUCCUGUCCACAUUCAGAUGGAAAGGAUGAAGAGUGUAAUCGGAGUCAGCCUAGACGGGAGAAUCAUCGUCCCCCCCUGCCCAUCUCUCCAGUCUGGAUGAACGGGUGCUCGGUUAGUUAGGUGGAAAGAAUGAAAGGAUCGAAGAUGGUGGCCUGAGAACAAAAGACUUUUUAGGAACCCACGAAGUUUGUCUCCCUUUUCAAGCAGGGCAAUGGCCGGGGAUGGUAGAGUUUUCGUCAUCCCCUAUCUAUCUUUAUCACUUUAUAUCUUCAUCCGUGGACUCGUGCCCUGGUAAGAUGUGCAAAGAGGGAUCGACAGAUGCGUCUGGGUUAUCUUCCCGUGUCUCAGUUCACAUUAUUUAUAUUGAUCUUACUCUUAGCCACGUCCGAAGUGGGAGUUGCAGCCUUGACGGGUCGACUCGGCUUUGUCGACAAAGCUUCGCUUGCAGAUUUCGAUUCGGUCCUCGGAAGUUCAUCGUCGGUUCUUACCUGGUGCAGUAUGUGCUCGGAUGAGACCCUUUUGCAAAGUCAGGUUAGUUGUGCGUCAGUCUCGCAAGCAUUCACUCGUCAUACAGAGGAAUAAUCAAUCCGACGCUCAAAAUGAAGGAGUCUGGAAGUGGUGAAAGCAAAAUCCAAGAUGCGAAUGAAAUCUUCUCCGGAAGAAGGGAAGGGAAGGGAAGGGAAGGGAAGGGAAUGGAAAGGAAAGGACAAGAAAGCUUGGUCACGGCGAGACAGACACGAAAAGCGGAAGAAGUGAAGCAAGUGAAGUGGAGAAGAGUGAAGGAGUAGGACGAGCAGCAGGAGGAUGAGGAAGCGGAAGUGGAAGUGGAAGAGGAAGAGGAAGCGGGGGAGCCAAGGCCCGCAAAGGCUCCAUGGCCUGCGUGCCAACUGCCAGUCCAGGCCAUGCCAUUGCAUUCCGUGUGCAGACAGAACAGUGGCAGAGGGCGAGUGAGGUGGAGGUGGAGGCGAGCGCUUUAUGGGGCGAAUAGCGCUGACGUGGGCUGGACCACGGGACGGGAGUCGGGAGUCGGGAGGCGGGAGGGGGAGUCGCUGCUGCUGCUGCGCCUUUUUCUUGGAGCUCAGGACCAGCAGCGCCGGUCCCUUUUCUCUCUUCUGUCUGUCAUGAGGUGCUGCGAGGCGCGGCCAGGCGGAGGAGGAGGAGGAAACCAGGUCGCCUUAUGAGCCAGGGGAUCGGAGCGAGCGAGAGGACGACGAGCGAGGCGAGGCGAGGGGGCGGAGGAGGAGCCACACGGCCAGGGGAGGGGACGCGCAGGAAGGAGAGGAGAGGCGAGGCGAGGCGAGGGUAGGACGGGACGGGAAGGGAAGGCAAGGGCCAGGGCAGCAGCCCCGGGGCGAGCAGGAGCAGGAGCAGGAGGAGGGGCGAGGGGCCGCGAGGGGCUGGAACUGGGACGCAUCGUCAGGGAUGGCCGUGGAUUGGAGCGUCUGUGAAGCGGGCGAGGGCGAUAGAAUGGUGGAUUGCGCAAUCGUUCCAGUUUCUGCCGGAUCAAUUUGCGAGUUUGCACAUCCCCGUCAUCUGCCGCAGCUUCGCGUGUCUGCUGCGGCUAUUUCUUAUUUUUGGUAAUUUUUUCGAUUUCUGCAUCAGCAGCAGCAGCAGCAGCAACCGGAGGAGGAGGAGAAGGAGGAGCAACACCAGCAGCAGCAGCAGCUAGACAGUGAGUGAGUGAGCGAGUGAGUGAGUAGGUCAGUGAGUCAGUCUGUCGCCCCGGCAACCUGCCUGCUUGCCAGCAAAGUCAGGAAGCAAGCUAAGGUGUCGACCCGUAUGCUGGCGUGCACGUGUGUGUCCUGCCAUUCGUUGAGCUGAGAAGAGAAGGAACACAUUUUUCUCUCACCAUCACAAUUAAUCAAGUGUGUGGUGCCAACAAACAACGAGCAUUAAAUCUAGAGGCAUAUCACAUCGUGCCUGUCCGCUGCGGUGCCGCUUGCGUUGUGGUGGUUUCAGCAGUUCCAUCUUGGUUCCAAGAUCUGUUUUCUGCACUUCCGUGAAGUGCUGUGUACUGUUAUUCAGCCCAUAUCGUUUGCUGCCCUUCGUACUCUCAACGCAACGUCUCCUGGAGUCUGGAGUGAGAGGAUGGGCUAGUAAUGGUGUGCUUUUUGGUUGUUGCAUCCUUUCUCGACAUGGCGGCCUUCUCUCCCACUUUCACAGUAGAAAGGUUCAACCAGCUUUGGAAAUCUUGAGAAAGGAGUCCAAUUUUUAUAUUUUGGCGCUAGUAUGUUUGGAGCAUUUUGAGCUUUUGAGAGGAGAAUGUUGCUGUCUGGGGAGAAUAUAGGAGCAGCCUUCUAUAAUGCUAUGGCUUUCUUAUUGAAUUGCUGUGGAUCGAAAAGUCCCCGACGGCGGACUGGCUUAGAAGAUGCUGAAGUCAUUGCUCGUGAUACCGUUUUUAGUGUAAGUGAGGUGGAGGCACUUUACGAGCUCUUUAAGAAAAUAAGCAGUGCUGUCAUAGACGACGGCCUUAUUAACAAGGAAGAGUUUCAAAUGGCCUUAUUUAAAUCGAAAAGUAAAAAGGAGAGCUUAUUCGCAGACCGAGUCUUCAACUUAUUUGACGUGAAGAAUGAUGGGCUACUAGAGUUUGGGGAAUUUGCGCGCUCCAUUUCAGUUUUUCACCCCAAUGCUCCGACGGAGGACAAAAUUGAUUUUUCCUUCCGACUGUACGACUUACAGCAGCAAGGAUACAUUGAGCGGAAAGAGGUGAAACGGAUGGUGGUGGCCAUGCUCGCGGAAUCUGGUCUGAAUCUUUCAGAUGAAGUGAUUGAGAACAUUAUUGACAAGACAUUUGAAGAAGCAGAUACCAAGCAUGAUGGGAAGAUCGAUAAAGACGAGUGGCGAACUCUGGUUCAGCAGCAUCCCUCUCUCUUGAAGAACAUGACUCUUCCUUACCUCAAGGACAUAACGACUUCAUUCCCAAGUUUUGUCUUCCAUUCACAGGUGGAGGAUACGUCAUAACCACCAAAUCCGGCCUCCACCCGCUCUGAUAGCAGAGUUAGUUCUUUGCAGGGAUGUUCUCCUUAUCUGUAGAUUUACCACGAGAGAAUGCGAGGGCGGAUACGAUGAGAUUCAAGGCCUGUUACAAAGGCUUUCUUGCACAAUUGUCUUUUAUCGCGCAGGUCCGCUUGAAUCCAUGAAGAGUUCAUUGGCCAUUUUCAGACGACUCGCAUCCGGUAUAAAUUCUAUCGGGAAUGAUUGGGGACUGGUGGCAGAAUCGUAGAUCAGGUUGUUUGCUGGAGUGCUUAAGCGAGAACGGAUGCAUGCCCUAUAAAGGAGUUUGGGGCACAUUCGUCAAGUCUAGAUUUAGGAAGCUCGAUAUUGCUGAUUUCACUGAAAUUUCAUUCCGUCAACCGUGAGGCCACUUGCUGGUGGCGCUCACACGAUAGCAAGUUCUUCCAGGCAAGUUCCACGCUGCCGGUUGCAGCUCGCUAUUCUCGUCGAGUGCUACGUACUAUCGUAGGUUCCAUCCGUCUGUAAUAGAGUAUUUUACGUUAACUUCUAAGUCUCUCAGACUUGUGUAUUAUUGGACUAAUUGUUCAUACGUUUCUUAAUCUACAAGGCUGAUUGAGUUUGAACGAGCC